AUGACCAUCUGCAGUUUGCGUCCUCUGUUGGAUUCCAGACUUGAUUGUCAUCAUCCCGUCCUGCUGGGUGCUUUAUUCCUUCCCCGUGCCUCCUCUCCACUUGUAUCUCUUCGGUUCUCGUCCAACCAAGUCACCGUGUUGGACUCUUCUGCUGCAGGUUCGCGCUGCUUGUACAGGCUGGCCGCAGCCUCCUUCAGUCAUGUGAUUUGCAACGAGCUGUUCGUCGCCAAUGGAUCUGUCAAAAUUCACGAUGACUAG